ACUAUGGGUCAAGCAGUUAGUUCAGAUAAUCCUCUAGAUUUUAAAUUUGAAAUCCCUAUUCCUAAAUAUCAUAAGGAUGAUAAAAAGAAAUGGUAAUCUUAGGAUUUGGAAAGCAUUAAAAACCUUAGAAUUUAUACAAAUUUGGAUCUCAAUGAUCAGGAAUUUAAUUAUUAGAGUAUAAAUUGUUCAGACUUUCCUGAAAACGAUUUAACUUCAGGAUAAUAUUAUUAUGGAAAAUUAGAAAAAUAAAAAAGAUAAGGUUUAGGAGUAUUUGUGGAUGAAAAUAAAAAAAGUGGAAUUUAUAUGGCUUUUGGAAAUUUUAUUGACAAUAAACUUGAUGGACUUGGAUUAACUAUAUAUGAUGAUAAUACUUAUUAUCAUGGAAAUUGGAAAAAUGGAGCUUGUGAUGGAAUUGGUUAUUACAAUACAAGUUUUGGAGAUUUCUAUCUGGGAUAAUGGGAGGAAGGAAAAUUUAUUAAAGGAAUUUAUAGAACGUAUAACUUAAACUAUUAUUAAUAGAUCAGAUUUUGAAUAUUGGGGAGAAGUUAAGAAUGGAUGUUUUCAUGGUUUAGGAAGAUGUUAUUAUUUUGAUGGAGCAAUAGUAUAGGGAGAAUGGAAAAAUGAUUAAUUAGAUGGAUUUGUUAAUCAUUAUUUCCCAAAUAAAGAUAAUUAUAUUGGCUAUUAUAAGAAUUCUCUUAAACAUGGAAAAGGAGUACUUUAUGAGGAGAGUGAAAAGAAAAUUUAUUAGGGAGAAUUCUUUUUAGAUUAAUAACAUGGGAUUGGAAAAGAGAUUAACAUAGAGAAUAAAGAAUUUAUCUCUGCUCUUUUUUAUAAUGGAAAACCUUAUAAGCUUAUUAAUAAAUAAAUAUAUGCUGGAAAUGGUACAGGAAAUACUUCAUGGAUACUGACAGAACCUGAUUAAAAUUAAUAAAAGAAUGAAGAGGGUUUACUUAUCAGAGAUGAAUCAAAUUUUGAAGAAAUUAUUUAAAACAAUUAAUUAGAUUUUGUAUUCAUUUUUUAUAAAUAUAUAGACUGACAUUUUUGAAAAAAAGAAGACUUAAGAUAGUUAAAUUGAUAAUAUCUUGAAAGAUUGUAAAGGAUAUUAAGAAUAGUAUGAUAAAUUAGAAUAAAGACUCAAAGAUCUAACAGUUUUACAUGAACUAUAGAAAUGGCAUUAUGAAUAAAAUUAAUAAGAAUUUCCUUUACAUUUUCGAUAAUAAUAUAAAGAAUAUCUAAAAAAUAAAUAAAAAUAAUAAUAAUGA